GGUGUGUUUAACAGAGACUGAAGCACACGGAGAAACGGUGUGUCUAACAGAGACUGAAGCACACGGAGAAACAGUGUGUUUAACAGGAAGUGGUGAUUUAGUAAACAUGAGUGUUGUGCUGCUCUCGUUGGUGAAGCAGCGACUCACUGCGGCUGCUGAAGACAUCUUUGUUCUGUUUGAAAGAACGAUAGCAGAGUACGAGGAGGAACUGUCUCGUUCAAAACAGGAGAACGAGAGACACCGGAAACUACUGGACGCUGUUUUACAGCCUCAGCUUCAGAUCCACAGAGCAGACGUCCAGCAGCUGGUGGUGGUUAAAGAAGAGGUUCCCCCUGAGCAGCAGGAGUGGAGCUCCAGUCUGGACCAGGAGGACCCAGAGCCCCCCCCACACAUUAAAGAGGAACAGGUGGAACUCUGGAGCAGUCAGGAGGGAGAGCAGCUUCAAGGGCUGGAGGAGGCUGAUAUCACCAAGUCCACAUUCACUCCUGUCCCUGUGAAGAGUGAAGAUGAUGAAGAGGAACCUCAGUCCUCUCAGCUUCAUCAAAGACAAACUGAACACCUGGAAACAGAAGCUGAUGGAGAGGACUGUGGAGGACCAGAACCAGCCAGGAACUCAGAUCCAGAGAGACAUUUACAACCAGAGACUGAGGACAACCCUGGAGACUCUUCUGAAGACACUGAAGACAGUGCUGAUUGGAAGGAGACCAGAGAACCAGGUUCAAACUCUCAGAGAAAUAAACAAGACCCUGUCAGUGAUUCAAGACGUAGUGCAGGAGAGAAACCAUUCAGCUGCUCAGUCUGUAAGAAAUAUUUUUCACAUAGAAGAAGUUUAAAGCACCACAUGAGAAACCACACAGGAGAGAAACCAUACAGCUGCUCAUUUUGUAAGAAAUAUUUUACACAGAGUGGAGAUUUAAAUAGACACAUGAGAGUCCACACUGGAGAGAAACCAUACAGCUGCAAUGUUUGUGACAAAAGAUUCACACAGAGCUAUCUGGUCAAAACCCAUAAGUGUGUUGGUCGUCAGUCCUCACAGCUUCAUCAAACUCAAACUGAGGAGAGCAGAGAGGCAGAGCCUCCAGCCAGCAGCUCAGCUGAACACAUGGAAACAGAAGCUGAUGGAGAGGACUGUGGAGGACCAGAACCAGCCAGGAACUCAGAUCCAGAGAGACAUGAUUCAAGACGUAGUGCAGGAGAGAAACCUUUCAGCUGCUCAGUCUGUGAGAAAACAUUUGCAUGGAAAGGAUAUUUAAAUCUGCACAUGAGAAUACACACAGGAGAGAAACCAUACAUCUGCUCAAUUUGUAAGAAAUCUUUUGCAGUGAGAGGAAGUUUAAAGUGCCACAUUAGAAUCCACACAGGAGAGAAACCAUACAGCUGCAGUGUUUGUGACAAAAGAUUUACCUGGAGUCAUAAGGUCAAAAGCCAUAAGUGUGUUGGUCGUCAGUCCUCACAGCUUCAUCAAACUCAAACUGAGGAGAGCAGAGAGGCAGAGCCUCCAGCCAGCAGCUCAGCUGAACACAUGGAAACAGAAGCUGAUGGAGAGGACUGUGGAGGACCAGAACCAGCCAGGAACUCAGAUCCAGAGAGACAUUUACAACCAGAGACUGAGGACAACCCUGGAGACUCUUCUGAACCUGACAUUUUCCAAGUCAAAUCUGCAUGUGCAACAAAAAAAGAGGACAAUUAAUUAGUCCUACGACAAUUCAGAUGAGAAAAAUCUGUCUGACUGUAUAAACUCUGUGUGACAAUAUUCAUACAUGACUUCAUAUAAACUCCAUCUUUAUCAACAGAAGUUUUGAAUAUGUUUAACGUUUUUGUCAUACUACUGUUCUGAUUUAUACUAUAACCACUGACUGAUUCAUCUGCAGAGUAGUUUCUCUAAUAAUCUGUUUGGUUAAUGAAAUGUUGUGACUUGAAACUUCCAUUGGGAUGUGUUUGAUAGUUCCUGUUGAGUUAUCAGUCUGUUCUGGUCUAAAAGAAGAACCAAUGACUUAUUGAUAUAGAGAAUAUUUACGAUGUUUCCAGUUUGAUUCUGUUCUGUUUAUAUCAUCAAACCAAACUAAAUGAAAAAAGCCUUUGAAACAGACUCACAUUCCUGCAUAUUGUUUGUGUUUACAGAUUACAAUCAGCUCAUUUAGAGUUCAGAGUUAAGAUGGAAUUUUAGGAUUAUUCC